AUGACCGACAGCGCGAUGUUCGACCGCUGGCUCCACACCGCCUUCGGCGCCGAAGGCGCGAUCCCCUGCGACGACCUGUUCGAGGUCAUGCUCACCAUGCAGGCAGACGAAGACGGCGUGUGGACGUCCGCACCAGGCGGCGUCGGGCCAGAAGAGCAUGCGACCACGACGCUCGCGACAGCGCAAGAGGACGUGUCUGUGCCGCUUGCCACGUCACCGGUGGUCGUCGAGCCGUCGUGGCUCUUUACGGAGCACCGUAUCGGCGACGACGUCGAAGUGCAGACCCCUUCCGAGCUGUUUUUCAACGGCGAGGUCGGCGGCUUACUUUAUUUGUGCGACCCCGAGACGAAGCACCCGAUCGUGCACGAGCGCUACCCGCUGCAGAUGGAGCUCGGCGCGAUGCAAGCGCGGCUCCAAGUGCUGCGCGGGCUUUUGCCGCGAGUUAAAUUUGCCCACGAGCUCAACAGUCGGCUGCUGGACAUUAUGAAAACGUCCAGAACCCCCAUGUCGCCUCUGUACGGCCUGCUCGUCAUUGUAUCCGAGCUCGUACUUUUCGUCCUCAAGCGUGUUGUGGCGCGGCAUGCCGCCAUGUCGGACGAAGACCGCGAUAUCAAGCUACGCGUGAUCGUGGCCGAGAAGGACCCCGGGCGCAGCUUCGACAACGUGCCACGCUGA